GAGGGUGAUCUGGGGCUGCCAGCAUGGUGUCCCCUUUCCAGGCUGGUCACAGGGACAUGGGGCAUGAUGCCCAUGGAGUGCCAUGGCCACCACCACAGCCUGCCAGGCUACCAGCUCUGCCCCAGCUGUGGGAACAGGGUCGGAAAACUUGGUGGCAGCACUGGGAUGAGCCAGCAGCGGGAUGGUGAUGGGCUGGGAUGGGUGGUUACUGGGAUGAUGGUGGGCACUAAGAUAGUCGAACCUACUGGGAUCUAGGUGGACACCAGGAUGCUGCCAGGCGCUUGGAUGGGCACCACAGGACCAUGGCUGGGAGCAUCCCACACCCCGCAGGCAGCAGGAUGAGCAGCCGCAGCGCGCCGUGCCAUGAAUUAUUGAGGCAGGGGGAGAAAGUGGAUUUUGGUGUUUUCCGGGGCCGCGUGGUCCUGAUUGAGAACGUGGCUUCGCUCUGAGGCACCACGGUGCGGGAUUACACCCAGCUCAACCAACUCCAAGCCCGCUACCCCCGGCGGCUGGUCGUGCUGGGCUUCCCCUGUAACCAGUUUGGAUACCAGGAGAACGGCACCAACGAGGAGAUCCUCAACACCCUGAAGCACGUGCGGCCCGGGGGUGGCUUUGAGCCCAACUUCACCCUGUUCCAGAAGUGCCAGGUGAACGGGAGUGACACCCAUCCCGUGUUCGCCUACCUCAAGGCUCACCUGCCCGCACCGGCCGACGAGCCCGCACAUCUGAUGGCCGAGCCCCGCUUCGUCGUCUGGAGCCCUGUGCGGCGCUCCGACAUCUCCUGGAAUUUUGAGAAGUUCCUGGUGGGGCCUGAGGGGGAACCGUUCCGGCGCUACAGCCCCCGUGUGCCCACAGCUCAGCUGGAGCCCGACAUCCAGCGUCUCCUCAAGCUGGCCAAGUAAUCCUAGCUCCAGUGUGAUCCUGGCUCUGGUGUGAUCCUGGCUCUGGUGUCACCCCGGGGUGGCCCCAGCUCUCCGCAGAGUGACAGCCCCCUCUGAAACCUCCACGGGGAGGGGGCUUGAUGGGGCAGAGGGUUGGAGCCGCCGGGGCGGCGUGGGCUGGUGGCAAUAAAUGAGCCGCAGGGAGCGUGCCUGGA